AUGGCUUUACAGGACUUGUGCAAAUGCCGGGACAACUUUCUGGACAGCUUCACCACUUUUGGAAAGAAGACUGGAUGUAAUUCUGUGAUUCCUUUUCCAGAUGGAACAAGUUGGUUUAAUUUCUAUACACCAGUUGCAGGGUACCUCGAUGAAAGUCCAAUACAGUUUGGGCAGAUCAGACCCGUCCAGAACUCCAGUGACAUCUUUUCUCAAGACUCCGUCGCACCCUCCCUCUCCUCGCCGACCAACCUUCCCCUAUCCUCCUCUCAGUCCGUCCCUCUUCCUUUCCCCAUGUCUCACGGCACCACCACCCUGGCUUUCAUGUUCCAAGGCGGCGUGCUGGCCGCGGCGGACACUCGUUCCAGCUGCUCGGGGCUCGUUGCGUGCCCGGCGUCCCAGAAGAUCCUGCCCAUUCACAGCCACUUGGUCGGCACGACCUCGGGCACUUCGGCCGACUGCGCUCUUUGGAAGCGGAUUCUGGCUCGGGAGCUGCGGCUCUACCAGCUCCGUCACGGCCGACGGCUUUCCACGAGAGGAGCGGCCAAACUGCUCUCCUACAUGCUUCACCCGUUUAAGGGGACCGAGCUGUGUGUGGCAGCCACGCUGUGUGGGUGGGAUGGAGGAGAGGACGAUGGACGCCGUGACCAUGUGGGCGCCAAGAUUGAUUGUAGAGAGAUGAGUGGUCUUGGAAAGCCUGUGGAUACAAGUGUUGAAGAGGCGUCUCAGGCAGAGACAAAGACUUCCUCUUCAACAAAUCUCAGAAAGUCAGAAAGUUUCUCUGGACCCAGUUUGAUCUACGUGUGCAGUGACGGCACUCGCCUGCAGGGAACCCUCUUCUCUGUGGGCUCUGGAUCCCCAUACGCCUACUCCAUUCUGGACCAAGGGGUUCAGUGGGGACUGACGUUGCAGGAGGCCACAGCAGUCGCCAGAGAGGCCGUGUACAGAGCGACGCACAGGGACGCUUACUCAGGAAACUGUGUGGACGUCUAUCACAUCUCGUCAAAGGGAUGGACCCGCAGGAGCAGGGAGGAUUUGAAAGAGGAAUAUUACAGAGAAAAGAGAAGACAAGAGAAGAGGGAGAAACAGGAAUGUGACUUUGUCUGUGUAAAAGACUUGAAACAAACAAAAAUGGAAUGA